GCAAUGGAAGUGUGUGUGGUUUUAAUCUUCCUAACAUUCUGGCUAGCUUAAUGCUAUUUUAGUGAAUGAUUGAGGAAUAUGAGAAUUUAACACUUCCAGGAAUAAGUGUUUGAAGACCUGUUUGCUCAGCACUGAUUUAGUUGCUGUAUUUACAUGCAAAUGGAAUGAGCAUUGUCUGGAGACGUAUUGGUAGGAUUAACUUGUCAACAGUUGGGAACCAUUGCAAUGCGUUCAAAUCAAUAUGGGUUCUUUUGGCACAGUGUUGGACACUACCAGAAGAUCUGGAUUUAAGAUUCCACCUCUCCAGAAGUGAGUCAACAUGUCUAAACAGGUUGUUUAAAUAUAUCUACUGGUCCUGUCCACAAAAUCUACUUUUAAAAAGCAAAUUUGAAAAUUAUAUUAAGUUUCGUUGAUCACGAUUUUAGCUGAUCAAUGCUGUUAUUUAGUACUGGUAUGGCUGAUUGCAAUUUUAUGGAGCCAGCAUAGCAUAACCAUUAACAUUUUUGUAUAGUGAACCAAUCAUCUUAUAAGCUGAGGUUUCCAGAAUUCUAGACCCUAUUCUGCAUUAAGUUGAAUAUUUAGAAUAGAACUAUUCUAUGAUUCUAAAGUAUGUAGUUUCAGUUGUGAGCUCCAAAUGCAUUUUGCUGUGUUCACUUAAACUCACAGAAAAACCUAACUGCAGGUUUCUUUUGAAAAUCUCUUAAUGAGGAGUAAAAGUAGUGGAAAUGACCAUCCUUGUAUGAAAAUAAUCCUUAUUGUAGUGUAUUGGUAGGUUUACCAAUUGACAUUUUGGGGACUGUGGUGCGUAUAGCCUGAUCAUAUCAUAGCAUGUCGCAUUGAUUUAAAAAGCUGUGUCUCUGCUGUUGAGCCAUUGUGAAACUACAUGCUAAAAAUAAUCAGAAACCGAGAUCCAGUCAGAACUUAUGGAAGGAAACCACACCAGGAGUUCCCUCUUUAAUGAUGUUGAAGGUCUACCUACAACACAUAGAUUUAAGUAGUUCAAGAAGGCAGCACACCUUCACCACCGUCUCAAUGGGCAAUUAAUACUGGCCCAGCCAGCAACACUUCUGUUCCCUGGAUGAAUAAGAGAAAAAUACUGACCAGGGUUGAAUAGAGGAGAGAAUCUGAAAUUGUUUGGAGUUGAUCAUCCUGAGCAAUAAUCUUCUGAAAAACAUAUUUAUUAUGAAUCAACAAUUCUCACCAACCAGUAAGCUGAACAGGACUUUUAAAAUUUCCAAUAAAAUUAAAUUGCUGUAAAAAAGAACAUUUUUGUUAUGAAGAGUUGCAUUGGAACCAGGCUGCUUGUUUCUUUGAACUUUGCAUGUCCCCAAGUAUUAUUUCAAGUGAGAUUUUGUUUACCAAAUAGGACCAUAGGUUAAAGCACAAAAAGAGUAUUGUGUAUAAUGCAUAAUAUGUAAACAAUUCUUAAAAAUAUAGUGGAUUUUUAAAAUUCUUUUUAGUUGUGGGUUUUGCAGGUAAGACCGGUGCUUGUUGCUGUCCCCAAGUUCCCUUGAUUUGGUGGUGGUGGCACUGAGUUGCCUUCUUGAAUUGUUGGAAUCCAUAUGUGUGACUAUACCCACAGUGCUGUUAGAAAGCAACCUGCAGGAUUUUGGUCCAGGAACUGUGAAGGAAUGGCGAUUUAUAUCUCCAUGUCAGGAUGAUAUCUAGCUUGGUGGGGAACCUGCAGGUUGUGAUCUUGCCCUGGGUUUGCCACAUUUGUUCUAGGUGGUAGAGGUCAUUGCUUUGGAAUGUGCUGUUGAAAGACAACACACUGUCCCAUUGGUGAUAGAGCAAGUAAAUAUUUACAAUGGUGAAUGGGGUGCUGAUCAGGUAGGCUUUUUGUUCUGGUUAAUGGUAAUCUUCUUAUGUUGUUGAAGUUGCAUUCAUCUAGAAGUGUGGACCGCUUGGGGAUGUUGAACAAGAUUUGAGGAGAUGGAACCCACAAACCAGUGGUUUAUCCCUGCAGUUAGGGGGGACAUCCCACCUGGUUGUGCAGCUUAUGGCUUCAUCUGCGAUGGCACCAGGAUCCUGGUAUUUGGAGGAAUGGUAGAAUAUGGAAAGUAUAGCAAUGAUAUGUAUGAAUUGCAGGCAAGCAGAUGGGAGUGGAAGAAAUUAAAACCAAAACCUCCUAAAAAUGGUCCACAACCCUGUCCCCGCCUUGGUCACACCUUGUGUCUUGUUGGGAAUAAGUGUUACUUAUUUGGUGGCCUGGCUAAUGACAGUGAAGACCCAAAGAAUAAUAUCCCAAGGUACUUGAAUGACUUGUAUACUGUGGAGCUUAGAUCUGGAUCAGGAGUGGUAGGAUGGGACAUUCCUGUUACACAUGGCACCCCACCUCCUCCAAGAGAAUCUCACACUGCUGUUGUUUAUAAAGAUUCAAAGAAACCAAAGAUGAUCAUUUAUGGAGGGAUGAGUGGAUGUAGACUUGGUGACCUUUGGAUAUUGGAUGUGGAAAGCUUGGUUUGGACUAAACCAGCAACCAAGGGUUCGACACCACUCCCUCGGAGUUUGCAUUCUGCUACUGUUAUUGGAAAUAAAAUGUUUGUCUUUGGUGGCUGGGUACCACUUGUGAUGGAUGAUGUGAAAGUUGCCACUCAUGAAAAGGAAUGGAAGUGCACAAAUACACUUGCUUACUUACAUUUAGCAGAUGGCUACAUCUGGACACCUGUAGUCUCAGACACAUUGGAGGACAAUGUACCAAGGGCCAGGGCUGGCCACUGUGCUGUUGCUAUUCAUACUCGACUUUACAUCUGGAGUGGAAGAGAUGGCUACCGGAAGGCUUGGAAUAAUCAAGUCUGCUGCAAAGAUCUUUGGUAUUUGGAAACUGAAAAGCCCCCUGCGCCUUCCCGUGUGCAGUUGGUAAGAGCUAGCACAAAUUCACUCGAAGUAUGUUGGGGUGCGGUUCCUACAGCAGAUGCCUAUCUUCUUCAGCUGCAAAAGUAUGAUAUACCACCAUCAGCCACCACCACCACCACAACUACCAUGGCAACUCCAUCUUUGAGCAACACUACUCUACCACAGAAGACUUCAUGCAGCCCUGUUUCUCCUACGCCUGCUAUUUCUGCUGCACCUCUCCCUGUUUCUAAAGUCACUUCUCCCACUAGUGUGCUGAUCCCUGGAAUGACCAGUGCUGUAACUACAAUGCAAGUCUCUGCUGCUCCGGUGUCUGCAAUGCCUUCAGCAGCAGCCCAGCUGGUCACAGUCUCCCAGCAAGCUGUGCAGACAGUAAAAGCUGCUGUUUCUUCCUUACCUGCUGGAGUUCGUCUUGUUGUUCCAGCUCAAAGCACCACUAAUGCUGUACCCUCUGUAGUUAGUGUGAACACACCGGCCACAACAAUGCUGAAGACAGCAGCUGCACAAGUGGCAACGUCAUCUGGCUCUCUGGGCCCAGCUUCAUCCCGACCUAUUAUCACUGUACAUAAAUCGAGUGCAUUGACUGUGGCUCAGCAGACUCAAGUUGUUACCACUGUCGUAGGCGGUGUCACCAAAACAUUCACGCUUGUCAAAAGCCCAAUUCAAGUUGGCGGUGGAGGCUCCUUGAUCUCCAAUCUGGGGAAAAUGAUGACUCUUGUUCAGACAGCUCCUGUACAAACUGGUGCUCCAAUCACAGGCCAGGCCACUGCUGGGUCUUUGGCACAGUUCAUCCAGGCAAAGGGUCCGUUUCCUCCAGGGACUAUCGUGAGACUUGUAACAGCAGCAGAUGGUAAGCCAGCAACAAUAAUCACAACUUCACAAGCUGGUGGAAUAGGUACAAAGCAAACGAUUCUGGGUCUUAGCAGCGUCUCACCAGCCAGCAGUAAACCUGGAGCAACCACCAUCAUCAAGACCAUCCCUGUUUCAGCACUGAUGGCUCAACCCAAUGUUACAGGUGUAUCUGCAUCCCCUGGUAUAAAAUCUCCAAUAACAAUCAUUACAACAAAAGUAGUCACAUCAGGAACUGGAGCUCCAGCAAAGAUCAUUACAGCUGUGCCAAAAUUUACUACAGGGCAACCUGGAGUGACACAGGUGGUUCUGAAAACUCCCGGAACACCUGGUACCAUCCUGCGAACAGUUGGUGGGACUCCUGUCACAGUUAGUGGAGUCAGAUUAGUUACUCCUGUCACUGUAUCUUCAAGCAAGCCAACAGUCUCAACUUUGCUAGUAAAAGGAACAACAGGUGUUACUACAUUGGGUACUGUGACGGCUGCAGCAACCACAAUUCAUGCUGGAGCAACAGGUCUUGCAUCAUCAAACUUCACUACCCCAGUCACGGCUCUGGCGAGAAUAACAACGCUGGCCACUCAAGCAAUUAGCACAACUAUUGAUCCUUUGGCUGUGGCACCAACAACAUUGAAGGUUACACCAGGAAUUGUCUCAACGUCUUCUAUAGUUAGCACUGAGCCUGUAUUUGUGAUAUCAGGAGAAGCAGUGCCAUCUCGUAUAACUGGCUUGGUUGCACACACUAGUGAAACUCAGGUGCCAGUAGCUGCAGAACAAGGCACAACUGCAGUAACUGUUUCAGAUAAUAGUGUACAAACUUCAGAUCAACAAAUACAACAAGCAGCAGAAGAGCCAGCUCAUGAAACUACAGAAACAAAUACUACAAAUACAGCUACCUCCAGUACAGCAAAUAUGUCUUUAAAUCAAAUUCAGCCACCAGAUGUAAGUAACAACGGGAUGCCAGAAAGUGUGCACGGAGAAACAGCAACUGCAGGAACAACCAAUACAGCAACCACUGUUUCAGCAGCAUGCACUGGAGCAGUGACCACUGUUACACAAUCUACACCAACUCCAGGCCCUUCAUUGCAGGCUGCUUCAACAGCAUCAGAUGUUACUUCAAGCAGCAGUACAUCUUUGUCAGAUCUGAGUACAUCACAGUUGGCACCUGUCGCAGAGACUGUUCAAAACCCAGGGUGUUCUGAGAUUCAGCCUUCUUCCGAACAGACAUUAAAGAACUUUGCUCAAGGAGCAAUGCCACAGUUGGCUGAAAAUCAGCCAUCUGAUCAGUCAGAGGCCUUCCAGGACCUCCAAGAGAAAAUGGAAAGCGGUAAAGCACAGGAGCAGUUGAGUCAAAACUCAGAACAGCAGCACCAGCACCAUGUCACUGCUACUGAGCCUUUAGUUGUUGAAACAAAACCAGCAGAUAGUAUUCAACACAAAACAACUGCUGGAGAUGUCCCAGUACCCUCAUUGCCAAAAGCCACAGAAUGCAGUACAAUAAAGCCUCCCUCGGAAGAUCUUGCUUCAGAACCAGGUGUGCCUAAUGUAGAUUCUUCUCAGCAUUUGCAACAUUGCCAGAACCUUAUCAGUCAGACCCCAGAGCAGCCAGCACAACAAAAGGAUCCACUGCAAUCUCCAGUGCCUCUGAGUGCUCCUCCUCAAACAGCAGUGCUGAGUCCUAAUGAUACAAACAUACAGAGUAGUCAGCAAGGCCAGGUCACAGAGGAUCCCCACCAACCUACCACUUCAAGUCCUGCCAAUUCACUUCUAGCACCCUCCUCCACAGCAGCUGUGUCACCAAAUGAAGUCUCUAAUAGUAAUCCACUGGCAAAUGGGAAACAAGAAAAUUCUUGCGUGCAAUUAAAGGUAAUGCCAAAGAAAGAAGGCAAUGCAUGGUAUGAUGUUGGAAUCAUCAAAGGAACCAACUCUGUGGUAACUCACUAUCACUUGCCACCAGAGGGCAGCCACGGAGAGGAUGCUAGUGCUAAUAUCCCAGACUACAGUAUGCUCAAAAAGCAAGAACUCCUGCCAGGCACCGCAUACAAGUUCAGAGUUGCUGGAAUCAAUGCAUGUGGAAGGGGUCCAUUCAGUGAGAUAUGUGCAUUCAAAACCUGUCUCCCUGGAUUUCCUGGAGCUCCAUCUGCUAUAAAAAUUACCAAGAGUGUAGAUGGUGCUCAUCUUACCUGGGAACCACCUGCGACAACUGCUGGCAAAAUUCUGGAGUACUCUGUUUAUUUAGCAGUGCGCAGCAUUCAGGUGACGGAAUCAAAAUCUGGAAGCCCAGCCCAGUUGGCCUUUAUGCGGGUGUACUGUGGUGCGAAGCCAUCUUGUGUGGUAUCCUCAUCACACCUAGCAAAUGCACAUAUUGAUUGUACAACGAAGCCUGCCAUAAUUUUUAGGAUUGCAGCACGGAAUGAGAAGGGAUAUGGACCAGCUACACAAGUUAGAUGGCUUCAAGACACAGGUGUACAAGGAGCCAAAGGCACUGCAAAACGGCCAACAACAUCACCAGAUAGCACUAAGAGUGGCGGUGCCAAGAAAUCCAAGUCUGAAUGAUGAAUAGAAGAAAUUUUCUAUUUGCCGAAUGAAAGAAGUAAAGUACUGUCGGAUAGUAUUUGUAUUUAUUUUGUAAAUGUUUUGUAAUAUGUUUCUGUUAUACUCUUAAUCCCUAUAACUUGUGAGCUUCUUAGAGAAGGAAUUUAAUUUGUAUUAAUUGUACAAAGUACAUUUCUUGUUUUAGAACUGUGACAAUAGGCUUCAGGCAAGUUUUAAAUGAUAGCUUUUUAGAAACAUAAUGUAGAUUUUAAAUUUGUAUUAACAUUACUGUGUAGAGUUCAUGUAGGUGGCUUGUUUCUAAAGUGGCUUAUUCUGAAAUCACUACAGUAGUGACUGGAUGUUUGCUGUGCAAGCAGUGGUUUAAGAGUUUUCGAAGAAAUGUUGGUGUUUCACCUUGUUGCAGGUGGAUUAGGUAGGUCUUUAAAGCAUGUUUAUAUGUGGAUGAAGUUUGGGACCAAAAAAGGCACUACGGAGAAGCAGCUUCCUUCUCAGAGUAGCACUUACACAGAUUCUGAAUCACCAUUAGAAACAAAAGUUAUUAAACAACUUUUUUCUUUGUGUGUGUGUGUGUGUGUGUGUGUGUGUGACCAAAUGGCAUUUCUGUGCAUGAUUUGUGAUGAAAAGUUUAAAACUGCUUUUUUUAUUUUAAAUUUUUAUACAAAUAUAAAAAUGAAUGAAGAUGUAUUGGGUAUAUAGGAGUUGUAUGACCCCACCGUUUACAAAAGACCCUAUGAAACAUCACUAAAUUGGUUCAUCAUAAUCAUCAAGAUUUACCGUGCGCACACGCAUUCCCUCACAGAAGCUGCAGGGAAAAUCUAGGAUAGAGGUAAUGAUCACAGUCUUCCAGCAAACACUGUGACUGUAAAGUGGCACACGCAAAGCAGUUGCUUUAAAUGCAUUUUAUUUCAAUUGUAUAGGUUAACUAAAUUAAAGUUCCUUUUACAAAAGCCUCUUGUUUUGGUGAACACAGCUAAUUGUGGGGUCAUGCAACUUUAAGGAUUCAUAGCCCAAUCAUUUAAUCAAACUGGGGUUGAAAAUUAGUGCUUUAAUACUGGCGAAUUUCAUCAUAAAAUUGUAUAGCUCAGAAGACUACAUUUGCUGUGGCUAACCAGUGGGUUUCUAUUUAUCAUUGAACUCAAUCAUUUAUAAUUUCUUGCAUUUUUCUUUUUAUUUGCUUUUUUUUUGUUAACCCAGUUACCUGUUCACCAAGUUGUAGUGCAAAAGAUGCAGAGAAAUCCCGAGGUGAAUUUUAGAAAGUGCACGCAACGAUCUGCACAGAACAUUUCUGUUAAUCUCACACUAACAGUUUCAGCUUUAAUGAGGUGCAUUAGGAAGUAUCAGUCCAGAGGAAAGAUUUUUAGUAACAUUGCUAUUGUCUCUUUCGACAGAUGUGUAUAAAGCACUGCAGUAAUCUUUAAUUGGUAAGAUGUGUUAAGCUUUUUUGCAGUAAAUCCCUCUUUAAAUAAUUCUGUGCAGUUUAGUUUAAUUAAAAGGAUACACUUCCACCAAUGGGUGGAUCAUUUGAUGUAUUUCCUCAUGCCUUAUGACUGGAUAUUCACUUUAUACCUCUAACUCCAUUAAAAACAAAAGUCUUUUUUUAAUUUAAAGAAAUGGAGACACUUUUUUAAUAAACUGGGCUAGUUAAGCUUCUCAGCAGUGCCCUUUCAAGACAGGUAUCUAAUUUUCAGCGAUAAAGUGUGACCUGAAGUAGGAUUUGCUCAGAACUGUUCAUGUUAGGUUUCGACUGUAUUGAAAAAUAAAGGAAAAAGUUGCUGAA